ACCGGCGCGCUCACUGCCGCCGCCGCCAUCACCUUUACACGCCGCCGCCGCCGUCGCCGCCGUGAACCGACAGUCGACUUGGGCGCAUCACGCCGUCAGAGUCGUCGUCGUCAGAUUCGUCGCCGCUACCGUCACAGACGUCGCCGACCGGUGCCAGUGGUCGGACGUGACGGUUUUUGGCGCGCGCUCGUCCAGGCAUCACGGAGCCGUAGUGGACGAACGGCCGGCCAUGCGGCCACCGCCGGACCGGGGACCCGGUCCUCCGCCCCGUUCAACGAUGCUAUCCAGGAUCGUGGCCGUCCUCCUAACGGCCGCACUUCUGACGGACGUUGCACUUGCCGAGAAGAACAAAUUUUAUGAAAUGCAAACUAUAUGCAAAACUCAUUUUCUCCAACAAGUGUACAGAAAGAUCGAAGGCGCGGUAUUGGACUCACAAAACGAACGGAACUUGGAUUGCGUGACCACGUUUCAAACACAUUCCAUCCUGCAGAGGUUUAUGAUACAUUUUGAUCGUUUGCAAUUGGACUGCAACGAUCAUCUGUUCAUAUUCGAUGGCGCCCAUGCGGUCGGACAACAUAAGGUAUGUCAAUCGAUAAUAUUAUGGUAUUACGUUAUAGGUACGUCAUUUUAUAAAAAAAAAAAAAAACAUUUUAUUUAA